CUCUCCAUUUUUUCCUUCCUUGGUGGGAGAAAAUGGGACAACAUUCUGAUUUCAAAUCGCAGUUGGUGACAGAGAUUUGCUCUCUUUCGAAAUUUUCCGUCGCCUGUUCUCACAGGCAUUGCACCAACCCUGCUCAGUCUUUCGUCGAUUGGUAUCGUCUUCUUGGGGUUGAAGAAACAGCUGGGAUUGAUGUUAUAAGAAAGAGAUACCAUGAACUUGCUUUACAACUUCACCCAGAUAAGAAUAAGCAUGCCAACGCUGAAGUUGCCUUCAAACUCGUCUCAGAGGCAUAUUCAUGUCUCUCUGAUGAUGAAAAUAGAAGAGCAUUUGACUUGGAGAGAUGGAACAAUUUCUGCUUCAAGUGUGGUGCAAUCCCCUACACGGCCUACAAGACUCCCAACAAUGCCAAGGCUUCAGAACACAAGGCUUGGAAUCCCAUAAGCCGGUCGAGGUCUUGUAAAGUUAUCAAGGGCCUGAAAGAUAUUAGAAACCGGUUUAGAGAAGAGGCGAAAGUGAUCGAAAACUGUCUGAAGGUUAAUAAUGCAGCAUCAAGAAAUGAAACCUCACUCUUUAGUCCACCUUCAUAUGUGUUUCAGGGCACUUAUAAUGCUAGAUCGAACAGGGAAACCCCUGUAUUCAACCCAUCUGAUCAUGUUGUUCAAGGAUAUCCCCAUCUCAGGACUCGAAUUUACGAGAAAGAUAAAUCUCGGAGCUUAUGGUGUUUGAGAACAGGACAUCAUAUUUUGAAUUGUGAACAAGGAAGGGAUAGUAGGGCUACUUGUGAUUCACCAGUAUUUGAGAUCAGAUCAGAUAGGGGAAUUUUGAAGAGUAGAUCUACUUGUGUUCGUUCUUAG